CCUCAUCUUUCCUAACUUCUUGAUUCUUUCUCCUACUUUACCCCUCCUCCUCUUUCUUCCUUACACCUGUACAGUCUUCACGGCUACACUCUCCAGGCAGUUUCGCCUCGUUAACCCUCUCCCGUCUCUCAAGCUCGUGUCUUCCAAGUACGUCUACCGGCACAUAUCAUCGUACUUCGUCCUCGAGCAGUUCUUGCAGCCCAAAUCACCUCGGCAGCGCCAUCUAGCGUCGUCCAUUGUUCAGCAAAGCUUUCGCUCCUGAGGACCAACUCUUCUGGCUGAGACGCUUCGCUUCGUAGGCGCUGCGCUGACUGAGGAGUACGGCCGUGAGUGGUGUGGACUGAGCUUCAAGCACUCUAACACCCCGCCUCCCCCCACCGAAAUCCUUGACUCGAGCUCCGUCACUAGGCCAAUUGAGUCUCCACUCCCUCAAUACUUCGUUUUCGUAAGCGUACUCAAUCACCCACGAGAAUGUCGGGGUCCACGGAACAGCAGCGCAUUCCUUUGCGCGAGCGGCGUCCUUCCACCGGUGCGCCCAUCAUCGACGUCCAGGGCAGUGUCGGUCCGGCCGGUAUCUCUCGCCCCAAGCACAAGAGAACCUUUACCGGCUUCGGCGCUGGCGAGAUCAAGAGCGUCGAGGCUUCGAUCCCAGAGCCCCAGCGUGAGGCAUGGUCCAAGGCCCAGGCCGGCCCCUUCAAAAGCAAGGAGGAGUUUGAGAAGGAGGUUGUCCGCCAUGUCGAGACCACCCUGGCUCGCAGCAUGUUCAACUGUGAUGAGACAGCUGCCUACUCCGCCGCUAGCUUGGCCUUCCGUGACCGUCUGGUCAAGGAGUGGAACAAGACUCAGCAGCGCCAGACUCUCGUAGACGGAAAGCGAAUCUACUACUUUUCGCUCGAGUUUCUCAUGGGCCGUGCCCUCGACAAUGCCAUGUUGAACGUCGGUCUGAAGGACGUUGCCAAGGAUGGCCUUGACGAGCUCGGUUUCCGCAUCGAGGACGUUAUCGAACAGGAACACGAUGCUGCUCUCGGCAAUGGCGGCCUGGGUCGAUUGGCUGCCUGUUUCCUCGACAGUCUGGCCUCCCUCAACUUCCCCGCCUGGGGCUACGGACUGAGAUACAGAUACGGCAUCUUCAAACAGGAGAUUAUCGAUGGCUACCAGGUCGAGGUUCCCGAUUACUGGCUUGACUUCAACCCUUGGGAGUUCCCCCGCCACGACGUUACUGUUGACAUCCAAUUCUUCGGUCACGUCCAGAAGUCAACCGACUCCAAUGGCAAGACCGUCGCUAGCUGGGAGGGCGGCGAGACAGUCACCGCCGUGGCAUACGACGUUCCAAUUCCGGGUUACGCGACGCCAUCCACCAACAACUUGCGUCUGUGGUCCAGCAAGGCUGCUAGCGGAGAGUUCGAUUUUCAAAAAUUCAAUAGCGGUGACUACGAAAACUCGGUCGCCGACCAGCAGCGUGCCGAGACUAUCAGUGCUGUCCUAUACCCCAACGACAACCUCGAGCGUGGCAAGGAGCUCCGACUGAAGCAGCAAUACUUCUGGUGUGCUGCGUCUCUCUACGACAUCGUCCGCCGCUUCAAGAAGUCUAGACGUCCCUGGAGGGAGUUCCCUGACCAGGUCGCCAUCCAGCUGAACGACACCCACCCCACACUCGCCAUCGUCGAGUUGCAGCGUAUCCUGGUGGAUCUCGAGAAGUUGGAAUGGGAUGAGGCGUGGAACAUCGUCACUGCCACGUUCGGCUACACCAACCACACGGUUCUUCCCGAGGCUUUGGAGAAAUGGCCCGUUGGCCUAGUCCAGCAUCUGCUUCCCAGACACUUACAGAUUAUUUACGACAUCAAUCUGUUCUUUCUCCAGAGCGUCGAGAAGAUGUUUCCCAACGACCGCGACAUCCUCGGCAGAGUCUCCAUCAUCGAGGAGUCGCAGCCCAAGAUGGUGCGCAUGGCAUUCUUGGCCAUUGUUGGCUCCCACAAGGUCAACGGUGUAGCCGAGCUGCACUCCGAUCUCAUCAAGACCACAAUCUUCAAGGACUUUGUCAACAUCUACGGCCCUGACAAGUUCACCAACGUCACCAAUGGCAUUACCCCGAGACGCUGGCUGCACCAGGCCAACCCCCGGUUGUCCGACCUGAUCGCAUCCAAGACCGGAGGAUACGAAUUUCUCAAGGACUUGACGCAGCUGAACAAGCUCGAGCUGAGCGUCAACGACAAGGCGUUCCGCAAGGAAUGGGCCGAGAUCAAGUACGCCAACAAAGUCCGCCUGGCCAAGUACAUCAAGACGACGACGGGCGUCAGCAUUAACCCCGCCGCGCUCUUCGACGUUCAAGUCAAGCGUAUUCACGAGUACAAGCGUCAGCAGAUGAACAUCUUUGGCGUCAUCCAUCGCUACCUUACCCUCAAGGCCAUGUCCCCUGAGGACCGCAAGAAGGUAGCGCCGCGCGUUUCCAUCUUCGGCGGAAAGGCUGCUCCUGGCUACUGGAUGGCCAAGCAAAUUAUUCAUCUGGUCAACAACGUCGGUUCCGUCGUCAACAAGGAUGAGGACAUUGGUGAUCUGCUCAAGGUCAUCUUCCUCGAGGACUACAACGUCAGCAAGGCCGAGAUGAUCAUCCCUGCUUCGGACCUUAGCGAGCACAUCUCCACUGCCGGUACUGAGGCCUCAGGUACCAGCAACAUGAAGUUUGUGCUCAACGGCGGCCUAAUUAUUGGCACGUGCGACGGCGCCAAUAUUGAGAUCACGCGCGAGAUUGGCGAGAACAAUAUCUUCCUCUUUGGCAACCUUGCCGAGGAUGUCGAGGAUCUCCGCCAUGCCCACACCUACGGAUCUCACUCCGUCGACGAAAACCUUACCAAAGUCUUCUCUGCAAUUGAGAACGGAACAUUCGGCUCCGUGUCCGACUUCCAAGCGCUCAUCUCGGCGGUGCGUGAUCACGGUGACUACUACCUUGUUUCGGACGACUUCAACAGCUACAUUGAAACACACAACCUCGUCGAUGAGGCGUACAAGAACCAGGAGGAGUGGAUCACCAAGUCCAUUACCAGCGUUGCUCGCAUGGGCUUCUUCAGCAGUGACCGCUGCAUCAACGAGUAUGCCGAGGAGAUCUGGAAUGUUGAACCGCUCAAGGUCGAAGACUAGACUAGAGCCAAGCGCUACAGAGACAUGGGGAAGAAGACAUACGGUUUUAAAUGACCCGGAUGGCGACUAGCUGCUGGUCAGGCGUGAACGGUACCGAGUGCCUACUGCACACUCUUAACUCCUAGGAAGGCGCUGGGCGAACCAACAGUACUAGAUAAUAUCUUCUUUGUAUACGUUAUUCCGGUAUUACAAGAUUGGAACUUUGCAACAGUAAUUGAGAACUUGGCGAAGUUGCU